AUGUCGCCCGAUCCCACAAGCUCCAGCGACUCCGAGUCAGGGUUCGAAAAGGACCAGCACGUGACCCGGCUGGACCCGCACAAUGCGCCGCAGGCGCAUCGCCAGGCGCUGCUCCAGGCGCCGAACGCCGACGCGGGCGAGGUGGCGCUCACCAGCGAGGCCGUGGCGCUCGCAGACGACGCGAACGAGCCCGAGAGCUUCCUCAACAGCGACGAUCUCGAAAAGGUCACCGACUCCACCAUAUACCCGCAGAAACGGCUGUUCUCGCUGCUGCACACGCGCAAAAUGCCGGUGAUCCCGGAGCAGAAGGACCGCAAAGUGUUUCCGCUCUACCACACCAACUGGCUGUACCGCGUGUUCUUCUGGUGGGUCUUCCCCAUCAUCCGCGUCGGCUACAAGCGCACGCUGCAGCCCAACGAUCUGUGGGUCAUGGACGAGCGCAUCGCCAUUUCCACGCUUUACGACACCUUCAGCAAGAACCUCGAUGUCUACAUCGAGCGUGCGCGCGCCGCCUACGCUGAGGACCACCCAGAGGCCUCUGCCCAGGAGGUCCUGGACAACACGGUGCUGCCCAAACACACACUGCUCAAGGCGCUGCUUUGGACUUUUAAGCUGCAGUACUUCGUAGCGUUUCUCAGCAUGGCAUUGUCCAAUGCCACGUCUGCGUUUCUGCCGAUGCUCACCAAGCGCGUUAUCAAUUUCGUAUCGGAAAAAGCGGAAGUGCCAGGCCUCAAAGUCAACAAAGGUAUUGGGUAUGCCAUUGGAGCCAGUCUCCUUAUGCUUGUGAACGCAGUUCUUUUCAACCAUUUUUUCUUUAAUUCGCAAAUCACAGGUGUUCAAGUCAAGUCUUUGCUCACUAAAGCGUUACUAUCCAAAUCUUUGAAGCUGUCCGGCUACUCCAAGCACAAGAUCCCCAAUGGUAAAAUCACGUCUAUCAUGUCCACGGAUUUAUCGAGAUUGGAAAUGGCAAUUAUUUUUCAACCACUAUUGGGCGCCUUCUUUAUCGCCGUUGCAAUCUGCAUCGUGUUGUUAAUUGUGAAUCUUGGUCCAAUUGCUCUAGUAGGUGUUGGGGUUUUCUUCUUCGCCCUUUUUGGUUCCGCGUUGGCUUUCAAGUCCUUGAUCAAAGUUCGGAAAGCUACCAAUGUGUUCACAGACGCCCGUGUAACUUUAAUGCGUGAGAUCUUAAAUAGUAUGAAGAUGAUCAAGUUUUACGCCUGGGAAGAUGCGUACGAAAAAAACAUUCAAGAUAUUCGUUCCGAGGAAAUUCGCAGAACCAGAGUCAUGCAAUUUACUAGAAAUUUCGUGAUGGCUUUGGCUGUUUGUUUACCCAGUCUUGCCUCUAUGGUCACAUUUUUGGCCAUGUACAAAGUUCACAAUAAUGGUAGGACUCCUGCCAAUAUUUUUUCCUCGCUUUCUCUUUUCCAAGUGUUAAGUAUUCAGAUGUUUUUUUUACCAAUGGCUCUGAGUACCGCUGUUGAUGGAUCGAUCGCAUUAGGUCGUGUUCAAGAAGUUUUAGAGGCCGGAGAAGAGGAUCAAGAUAUCGAAAGAGGUAUUUUACCUAUGGACGAUGAAAAGAUAGCUCUCAAAUUGGUCAAUGCAUCUUUUGAAUGGGAAAACUUUGAAUUUGAAGAAGCCAAAGAGGAAGCUAAUGUCAAGGCUCAAGCAGACGAGCUAAAAGACAAAUCCAAAAACAAAAGCAAAAAGAAACAAAAAGCAGCUAAGAAGGCAUUGGAACUGGAGGAGUCCUCGACGAACAAGGACGCAACUCUCAAGCCGGAUACUUCUGAUUCUCCAAAAAUUAAAUUCAAUGGGUUCAACAAUUUGAAUUUUGAAAUCGCAAAAGGUGAGAUGAUCAUCAUCACCGGUUCGGUAGGUACUGGUAAAUCCUCAUUGUUGAGUGCCAUGUCAGGUUUCAUGACCAAAACUAGUGGUAACAUUUAUAAAAGUGGUACUUUACUAUCAUGCGGUUACCCUUGGGUUCAGAACGCCACUGUGAAAGACAACAUUUUAUUUGGAUCAGCGUACGAUGAGCUCAGAUACAAAGAAGUAAUUCGCGUUUGCUCUUUGCAAGCUGAUUUGGACUUGUUGCCAGCCGGAGACAGGACUGAAAUCGGUGAGCGUGGUAUAACACUAUCUGGUGGUCAAAAGGCUCGUAUCAAUCUGGCAAGAAGCGUGUACAAGGAAAAAGACAUAUACUUAUUCGAUGAUGUCCUAAGUGCUGUCGAUGCUCGUGUUGGUAAACACAUCAUGGAUGAAUGCUUGAUGGGCAAACUAGCGGGUAAGACCAGAAUUUUGGCUACACAUCAAUUGAGUUUGAUUGCAAGAGCCCCCAGAGUUAUAUAUAUUGACAUUGAUGGAUCUGUCGAUCUUGACACAGUGGAAAAUCUGAAAUCAAAACACCCAGGUUUCGUAAAGCUAAUGGAUUACUCCAAUCAAGCGGGCUCUGAUGAUCCUCAACAAGGCGAAGCAGAAGCACGUCCAUCGAUCGAUCAUCGCCAAAGUGAGAAAGAGAUUUCUGAGCUACAGAAGCAACUGAGUAAGAGAUCAUCCACCCAGGAAGACACUGGCCCUCAAGCUGACGGGCGGCUAAUGGCCAAAGAGGAACGUGCUGUAAAUUCGAUCAGCAUCAAAGUCUACAAGGAAUACAUCUCUUCCGGUAUUGGUAAGAAAGGGUUUUUAUUUUUGCCCCUGUACGUUUUAACCAUCGCCCUUUCCACUUUCACUCUUCUGUUUUCGUCCGUAUGGUUAUCAUUUUGGACCGAGGUUAAAUUCAAGAACAAAAAGACACCAUUCUACAUGGGACUUUACACCUUUUUCGUGUUUUUCAAUUACAUUUGUACCACAAGUCAAUUUUCUUUGCUAUGUUACUUGGGGUUGACCGCUUCCAAGUGGCUGAACCUAAAAGCUGUGAAAAAAUUACUGCACACACCAAUGUCUUUCAUUGACACAACUCCGAUUGGACGUAUUCUCAACCGUUUUACUAAGGACACGGAUACAUUAGACACAGAACUUACAGAAAGUGUUCGUUUAUUCAUCUACCAGUUUGCUAACAUCAUUGGUGUUAUUAUAAUGUGCAUCAUCUACCUACCAUGGUUUGCUAUCGCGGUUCCAUUUUUGGUUGUGGUUUUUGUCGCGGUUGCCGACCAUUAUCAGAGUGCUAGCCGUGAAAUCAAAAGACUUGAAGCUAUCCAAAGAUCGCAUGUCUUCAACAACUUCAACGAAGUAUUGGGAGGGUUGGACACAAUUAGGGCCUACGGAAGCCAAAACCGCUUCAUGAAAAAAUCUGACUUCUUAGUUGACAGAAUGAACGAGGCUGGUUAUGUAGUGGUUGCCCUUCAAAGAUGGGUAUCGAUUGCAUUGGACAUGAUCGUUACUGUUUUCGCACUGAUCAUUACUUUAUUAUGUGUGACACGUCAAUUCCACAUCUCCCCUGCCUCCGUGGGUGUUUUACUCACGUAUGUUCUACAGUUGCCUGGUCUCUUAAACUCUCUGAUGAGGGCGAUGACCCAAGGUGAGAAUGAUAUGAAUAGUGCCGAGAGAGUGAUAGCUUAUGCAACCGGACUACCUGUAGAGGCAGACUACCGUAAGCCAGAAAAGGCACCACCUGCCGAAUGGCCAACCGAAGGUGCUGUAGAGUUCGAAGACGCAAGCUUGGCAUAUAGACCUGGUCUGCCUGUUGUUCUGAAGAAUGUCAACUUUCAGAUUCGCGGUAACGAAAAGAUCGGUGUUUGUGGACGUACUGGUGCUGGUAAAUCAACAAUCAUGAGUGCGCUGUACAGAAUUUGCGAAUUGCAAACAGGACGCAUUUGGAUUGAUGGGAUAGAUAUUUCAACUUUGGGCUUGUACGAACUCAGAUCAAAACUGUCAAUUAUACCGCAAGAUCCAAUGCUUUUCAAGGGUGAUGUGCGCAAAAACUUGGAUCCGUUCCACGAACGUAGUGAUGAGGAUUUGUGGGACGCUUUGAUAAAAUGUGGUGCCAUUGAGGCCGAAGAAGCUUCUAAAGUAAGCCUUCAGACUCAUGAUAAUAUGGGUUCUUUGAGCAGCAUGCACAAAUUUCACUUGAAGCAAGAAGUUGAGGAAGACGGUACAAACUACUCCCUGGGUGAGCGUCAGUUGUUGGCUUUGGCAAGAGCACUUGUAAGACAGUCGAAGAUUUUAAUCCUUGAUGAAGCAACCUCAUCUGUUGAUUACGAAACAGAUGCAAAGAUUCAAUUGCGUAUUGCCGAAGCUUUUUCAAACUGUACGAUCCUGUGCAUUGCCCAUCGUUUGAACACUAUAUUGGACUAUGAUAGAAUCCUUGUACUCGAACAAGGCGAGGUAGCGGAGUUCGAUACCCCUGUCUCACUAUUUGACAAACAGGGCAUAUUCACGGAAAUGUGCAGCCGAUCUGGAAUAACCAGAGACGACAUAAAGGCAUCAAAUGGUCAUAUUUGA